UCUUGCUGGGGGAAAAGGGAGAGAAUGGAGCCGUUGCAUGUGCUGGAGCUCUACAGUGGGAUCGGAGGAAUGCACCAAGCGCUGAAAGCAAGCAGAAUUCCUGCCAAAAUUGUGGCCGCCGUUGAUGUGAACACAGUGGCCAAUGAGGUUUACAUUCACAACUUCCCCGCCACCCCGCUGUGGCCUAAGACAAUCGAGGGAAUAUCACUGAAGGACUUCGACAGGUUGUCUUUCGAUAUGAUCUUGAUGAGCCCUCCUUGUCAACCCUUUACAAGAAUUGGCCGACAGGGUGAUGUUUCGGACCCCAGGACCCGGAGCUUUCUCUAUAUUCUUGAUAUUCUUCCAAGACUUGCCAAGCUACCCAAAUAUUUACUUUUAGAAAACGUCAAAGGCUUUGAAACAUCUUCUGCCAGAGAUGAACUCAUACGAACACUAGAGAAGUGUGGAUUUACGUAUCAAGAAUUUCUCUUGUCGCCAACUUGUCUUGGCAUCCCAAAUUCAAGACUAAGGUACUUCCUGAUUGCAAGGCUUCAGUCGGAGCCUUUUCCUUUUCAAGACCCUGGUAAGAUAUUGACAGAUUUCCCAAGCCAGGAGCCAGCGGAUUCAAAGACGUCCAGAGUUCCUGCAGCCUUGGCCGAGCACAGCUCCCCAGAGGCUACGAAAGAACCAGGCUCUGGUUAUGACAAAGAUGGCGGACAACGCCCACAGGACUUUGUUUUCAAGCUUGAAACAGCGGAGCAACUGGAAAGGAAACAGCAAGCGGACAGUGACCCCUCUGUGCAAAUGCUAAAAGCGUACCUCCAAGAUGACGACGGAGAAGGAAUGAGUCAGUACUUCCUGCCAGCAAAAUCCUUACGGCGUUACGCUUUCCUUCUAGACAUCGUCACCCCCUCUUGCAGAAGAUCUACAUGCUUCACAAAAGGGUAUGGUCACUAUAUAGAAGGAACUGGCUCCGUGUUGCAGACAGCAGAGGAGAUUCAGCUGGAAUCGGUGUUCAAACCCUUUGAGGGUUUGUCCGAGGAUGAGAAGCUUACGAAGCUGUCGACGCUUAAACUGCGAUACUUUACUCCACGAGAAAUAGCAAAUCUACAGGGAUUUCCUCCUGAAUUUGGUUUUCCUGACAAAGUGACCACAAAGCAGCGUUACCGCCUGCUGGGAAACAGCCUCAAUGUACAGGUGGUUGCUAAAUUAAUCUCGAUUCUGGUCGGGUAACGUUGGAAUGCAACAGGAUCGAGGGGAACGGACCAGCAGCCCUUCUGCUCUAUCAAAAGAUGGAUUGCUUCUUUGGAAAUUUCUCCCCGUGGGUAGCUGCUGGUGUUUUAACAUCAUGAUAAGCUCAGGGCUUUACAAUCUCCAAAUGGAGAAAUAUUUAGCCCUCAAUUUGCAUGACCUCCGAAAUCGGAUCUUCGACCAGGGUGCCAAUCAUAGAAUAGAAUCAUAGAGUUGGAAGAGACCACGAGGGCCAUCCAGUCCAACUCCCUGCCAAGCAGGAAAUCAAGACAGAGCAUCCAUUAUUGCUGCCCGCUAUUCUAUUUGCCGACAAAGGUCCGUAUAGUUAAAGUUAUGGUUUUCCCAGUAGUGAUGUAUGGAAGUGAGAGCUGGACCAUAAAGAAGGCUGAUCGCCGAAGAAUGGAUGCUUUUGAAUUAUGGUGCUGGAGGAGACUCUUGAGAGUCCCAUGGACUGCAAGAAGAUCAAACCUAUCCAUUCUUAAGGAAAUCAGCCCUGAGUGCUCACUGGAAGGGCAGAAGACUCCCUGGAAAAGACCCUGAUGCUGGGAAAGAUUGAGGGCACAAGGAGAAGGGGACGACAGAGGACAAGAUGGUUGGACAGUUUCUCGAGAGUUUGACCAGACUGUGGGAGGCAGUGGAAGACAGGAGUGCCUGGCGUGUUCUGGUCCAUGGGGUCACAAAGAGUCUGACACGACUAAACAACAACAUUCUAUUUGGUACCCGCAAAUUAAGGUCAGCCAUUCAAGGCCCCAUUACCUGGAGACCCUGACUUUGAAUCAAGGUUCCAACAGAUGCCCCUCAGCAUCCUUAGUGGGGAGAAACCUGGAAUUCCUCCUAUGGAACACAAAUGCAUCUGUGGAGGCAAUCAGGUCAAAGAUAUCAUGAUUUACCUGCUGAUUUGCCCCUUUUAUACCACACCUGGAUAAAAAUUUUUAUUGUCUAUUAACUCUUUCUCAGGCCAAUCCACACACACACACCCGGAAGUGACAAGGAUCUAACCAUAGCUCUCAAGUUCUCCCUUUUUUUUUAAGGAAAAUUCCCUAAUGCUGAAUAGGCUUCCUCGUGAGAAAAGGGAAAACUUGACAGCUAUGGAUCUAAGCCAGGCAUCCCCAAACUUCGGCCCUCCAGAUGUUUUGGCCUACAACUCCCAUGAUCCCUAGCUUACAGGACCAGUGGUCGGGGAAGAUGGGAAUUGUAGUCCAAAACAUCUGGAGGGCCGAAGUUUGGGGAUGCCUGAUUUAAGCAAUGCUUUGGUUGAUGGAACCAUUGGGCUGAGCUGGCUCGUCUGUUCCUGCUAUGUUAAUGUAUUAUAAUUUUAAAACUUUAUGCUGUAACCAUUUUCUGCUGUAAUUCCCAAAUGUUUGUCUUUAUGUUUGUGUUUUGUAUUCUGAAUAUUGAAGGCAAACAUCAAAGCCUUGAGCCGGUGAUUAGCUUUAUGGAAUAAAACAGUGUUCUGCAAUCAGAAAUCACAGUGCGGCAAGAUAAAAUGUGCUCAGUCUUGGGCUAUGCAUGAAUCUACUGUACCUUAAACAACCCCCCCAAAAAAGUCGAGGUGGUUUUGAUGGAAUGAAGGUAACAGGGCUUUGCACAUACCCCGAACCAAUGCAGGAGCCCAAUCUAGGACUUGCCUCGGUCCAGUAUACCUGAAGGAGCGUCUCCACCCACAUCGUUCUGCCCGGACACUGAGGUCCAGUGCCGAGGGCCUUCUAGCAGUUCCCUCGCUACAAGAAGCCAAGUUACAGGGAACCAGGCAGAGGGCCUUCUCGGUAGUGGCACCCACCCUGUGGAAUGCCCUCCCACUAGAGGUCAAAGAGAACAAUUACCAGACCUUUAGAAGGCAUCUCAAGGCAGCCCUGUUUAGGGAAGCUUUUAAUGUUUGAUGGAUUUCUGUAUUUUAAUAUUUUGUUGGAAGCCGCCCAGAGUGGCUGGGGGAACCCGGUCAGAUGGGCGGGGUAUACAUAUAUUAUUAUUAUUAUUGCUGUGUUUAUCUGUCCUUGCCACCCAACUGCCCCCCCUGAAAACAAGGGUUACUGAAGGGAGGGGCAAAGCGCACCCACCGUAUUUUUCGCUCCAUAGGACGCACCUGACAAUAGGACGUACCUCGUUUUUAGAAGAGGGAAACAAGAAAAAAAUAUUUUGCUUUCUUGAAUUGUCCUAGGCAUAGCAGCCAACUCCUAGAGGCCUAGGUGCCUUUGCCCCCCAUUAAAUAUUUGAGGAAGCUUCUUUUGCAAAGGGGGAAAGCUCCAUUUUUUAAGGAUCAGCUCAAAGUUGUGCAGC